AUGUUUGCAUUCUUUGCGCCACAUUACCGAUGCCUUUCAACUCUCGUGCGGCAUGAAACCGCUCAAACUAGAGCACAAGAUGCCCUGCCUCGAGUCACCUGCACCAUCCGACGAAUACGCGCAGUUUUCGGUCAAGCGGUUCUUCACAACAUGCGUGUAAAAGGUAAAUAACCAUUAUAUUUUAGCCCUCUAUAUCUGUAGAUUUCGUUUGUUUAAUUAGAAUGUCUGGUAUGCUGGUUGAUCUCACUUUUCCCAGACAGGUCUGGAGUCAGUGUGCCUGUGCCAAAAGCCAAAGAACAUUGUGGAGUGAGAAGGGGAGAGAAGAAUGGUACCCUUUCUUUCCAGAGUCGAUAUGACAGUUGCUACACACAGGUUGAGGUAUGGUAAUCUCUAUUUUUGAUGUUCAUUGCAUUGCGAGGUCUUGGUCUGUGUGUAAACCUACUGAUUGCCAUAUCAAAACCACUUUGUUUUAUCUUUAGGGUGACAGAGUCCUUGUAUCUUUGGGAGUCCAGCUGGUUGCAGGGGAUCAAUGGUACAGGGUCAAUAUUAGCUGCCCCCUGCUCAAGAAGAUGGCCCAGAAACCCAUCAUCAAUCGCACCUGUGAGUUCAUAUCAUUUCAUAGGGAGGGAAUUUUUAGAUGAUUUAUCACAAAAAUAGUGAUUACACUGCCAUUUAGUACCACCUCUGUAAAAGCCAUUCUGCCAACUUACUUUCCUUCAGCACGAUCAGGAAAAUGCAGCAUCCUUAGAGCUUUGCAUGUGGACUGUGGGCCCCAGGAUGUCUCCAGUGAUGGCUGUCUGAAACUGGGAUGCUGCUAUGAUGAUCAUGACUCAACAUGCUAUUACAGAAUGAACAGUAAUAUAAAUUCUUGUGUGUGUAUUUUGUACAAUGUAGAACAUGCUUCUGAAAGAAAGUAUCAGCAGAGGGAUAGUGACUGUCAUGGUGAGAUUGGCGCAUAGUGAGAUCAGAGAUUACAUUUCAAGAAUAACUCCUUUGUUCGUUACAUCAUGAAGUUUCUGUCUCCUCCUCUUGCUCUCAGCCUGUUCUCUGGAUGGCCAUUUUGUGUUCUCUGUGAAGGCGACGGACACUGACCCCCCACUCAACCCCAGCAACCUUGUCGUCAAGGAUCAGCCGCAGUGUUCUCCUGUAGCUACCUCUGCAGAUACAGCUGUCUUUAAAAUCGGGGUGAUGGAGUGUGGCACAAAGAUGAUGGUGAGUCAGUAGGUCUAUUACCUUCUGCCCUAAUCUACAGCAGUAUACUUCUGUCCUGAAUGCCUCUGGUAUAAUGCUGCUUUUUUCUUGUAGUGUUGAAUACUCUUAGGUAUGCUAAAAUACCUCCUUCCCCUCUCGUUCCCCCUCUUGUAUUUACAGGUGAAUGGGGAUGUUGUAAUCUAUGAGGUGGAGGUAGAGGAACUGCAUCCAAAGAUUGCAGGCAAACGUUCUCCCUUCAGGUAGCUGCUUAUUUCUCUUCCUACCUGUGGACUGUGCACUACAAUUUGGACUACAUUACCAUAUCGUGGCUUUAGCCAGAGCCUAAUUGCUUGAAACUAUUAUGGAGUAAAUGUUUUGAAUGAGACUUGGUUUGAAGUCUGCAGGUCCGGUGUCAAUAUGAUGGGUCAGCUCUCCUCCACACUGAUCUGCGGUCCUUAAACCCAACUAACCCUCCACCUGUGACUGCACUGGGGACUGUCCGAGUGCAGAUGAGAAUAGCCACAGGUACUAUAGUAAAACAAUAUGGUUUUCCACAGACCAAGCAAGGGAUGCCAAAUCCAAACCCUGCAAGUAUAUGGCAUCAAGAGUUGUCACUUCACACAUGUUACACUGGUAGAUCUCCAUCAUCCUGGCCCUUAUCCUUUUUCCAGAUGAGUCGUUCACCUCUUUCUUCCCCGGGGAACAGCUGCCCUUGACCCUCUUUCUGCGUAAGCCUGUGUAUGUGGAGGUGUCAAUCGCUCCACCCUCCCCUGACCCCAGUCUCUCCCUGCGUGUGCGUGACUGCUUUGCCUACCCUGCCUCCAGACACUCCGUAUGGACACUGCUCUAUGAUGGGUGAGAGGGAGGGAGCCAAAUGUUUUCCUAUACUGACUCAAGAUUAAUCACUGGUGAAUAUGCAUUGGUUUAGUAGUCUAACUCCCCCUUCUCCCUGACAGCUGUCCUAACCCUCUGGACAACAUGAGGAGCUCCGUCCCAGUGGACAGUCAGGGGAAGACAACCUCUCACUCCCAGGUCAGGAGGUUUAAUGUCAAGACCUUUUCCUUCUUGGACCCUGAGACUGGCAAUCCCAGUGUGGAGGAGGUAAGGUCUAUCCUAUUUAUCUGAAGAAUGGGAAGAUUUUGCUAAUAUAUACUGAACAAAAAUAUAAACACAACAUGUAAAGUGUUGGUCCCACGUUUCAUCAGCUGAAAUAAAAGAUCGCAGAAAUUUUCCAUAUGCACAAAUGGCUUAUUUCUCCCAAAUUUUGUGCACAAAUUAGUUUACAUCCCUGUUAGUGAGCAUUUGUCCUUUGCCAAGAUAAUCCAUCCACCUGAAAGGUGUGGCAUUAUCAAGAAACUGAUUAAACCGCAUAAUCAUUACACACGUGUACCUUGUAAUUCCUCCAACGUCGUUUUAGAGAAUUUGGCAGUACGUCCAACCAGUCUCACAAACGCAGACCACGUGUAACCACGCUAGCCCAGGAUCGCCACAUCCGGCUUCUUCGCCUGCGGGAUUGUCUGAGACCAGCCACCCGGACAGCUGAUGAAACUGAGGAGUAUUUAUGUCUGUAAUAAAGCUCUUUUGUGGGGAAAAACUCAUUCUGAUUGGCUGGGCCUGGCUCCCCAGUGGGUGGGCCUAUGGCUGCGCCCCUGCCCAGUCAUAUGAAAUCCAUAGAUUAGGGCCUAAUUUAUUUAUUUCAAUUGACUGAUUUCCUUAUAUGAACUGUAACUCAGUAGAAUCAUUGAAAUUGUUGCGUUUUUUGUUCAGUAUAAAUUCUCAAAAACAAAGAUCUCUUGGUGCUCCAUCUACUGCAGUGUUUCCCAACCCUGGUCCUCGAGUACCCCCAACAGUACACUUUUUUAUUGUAACCCUGGACAAGCACACCUGAUUCAACUUUUCAACUAAUCAUCAAGCCCUCAAUGAGUUGAAUGAGGUGUUUGUCCAGGGCUACAACGGAAAUGUGUACUGUUGGGGGUACUGGAGGACCAGGGUUGGGAAACACUGAUCUACUGAAUCUUGUCUCUCAGGUGUACUUCUACUGCUGGGUAGAAAUCUGCACAGAGGAGGCAGAGUGUAAACAACGCUGCUCCAUCACCUGUGAGUGUUUCAGGUCCCUAUGUUUUACAUUCACCUUAACACUGUGAAUUGGGUCAUUUCAUCCAAUAGUCAUGCUGUCUCAUCCUCCUCCAUCCAGCACCUGAUGGUGAGAGGGCGAGGAGGGAGUCUGGGUCAGAUCGAGUCUCCCAGUUAGUCUCAUUUGGUCCUGUGCUGUUGGGUCAGAACAGUUCUGGACAGGAACAGGAAGGGAAUCCUAGUGAUCAUCUGAAUAUAGGUAAGCACAUUCCAAAUAGGGGAGAGUGGGGUAAGUUGAGCCAUUUUUUACAUUCAACAUCACUCUUUCAAGGGAAAUGUAGUAUUCUUUCUAACAAAGAUAUCUACAUAUUUCAGGAUGUUGUGUAUCCCUGGAAAUAAUCAGAAUUCAUUUAAGCAUUACAGUUUUGAAAACAGCUUGACCCGCCUACACAUUUCUGUACUGAAUGAAAUAUUACCACUCUUUUUAAAAGCAUGUCUCUUUAUUUCCCAAACACAAUUAAACACAAUCACAAUCGCUUUUUUGUCUUUUAAUCAAUGUAAGCAUAUUUCAACACAGGCUUAACACCUAACAAACAUUGUACUUUUAACAUAUACCAGCAAUAAUGCCUUGCAUUAUGCCUGGGGAAAAAACUCUUAAAUUUGCUCACUUGCCAUUGGCUCAACUUACCAAGGUAAAUAUUUGUACUAUAUUAACCCACACAGCUACAAGGAUGCACUUCCAUGCUAGGUUUAGGACCACAUAUUGAAGCUUAUAGACUCUACUUUGGUUUAGAUACAAUCGUCAUGAAACCUCUUAACACUAAUUUGACUGUUUUUUGGACCUAACUUGCUUACCUCUUUUUCUAUGUGGUUUCUUCCUUCAGACUCCAUGAAAUUACCUCUUCCUAAAUAUUUGGUCAAAUUAUACAUUUUGGGUAUGGUUUCUUAGAAACAAGGGUGGCUCAACUUACCCCACAGCUACUGUAUGAGUGGAAUGAAACUAAUGACACUAACAUUUUCUCUUGCUGGCCCUCAGCAUUUCAGUUGUCUGUACCUCCAUCCUGUUCUUCCUCCUGUUCUCUUCGUGGUCAAUGAUGAGUUGUCAAGUGGAAGAAAAUGAAGUGGAAAUGGAAACCAGAAACAAGGAGACUGGCCUACAGGUUGAACAAGCCCAAUAA